CCCCGUCCACCACCACCACCACAUCCUCCUCGACGUCGUCCUCGACGAUGCUCUCCACCCGUCCCAUGGAGCCCGUCGCUCUCAUCAACAACAUCCAGCCGGCCCAGCGCCAGUCGCCCCGCCCUCCGUCAUCCCGCAAGCCCUCGGGCUCUGGUGACCUCACUCCAUCCCCGCCUGCAACUCAGGCCCUUGCCCCCUCCGCUCGGAGCCCAUCCCAGCUCUCCUUCCCCCACUUUCAGCACGACAACGCAAAGGCCAUGCCCCAGACCCCGCCAAAGCAGGGCUCCCGCAAUUCAUCGUUCUUCUCCCCAAAGCCCGCAACUCCCUCCCAGGGCUCCCUCACGCCUGUCCCCCCAUCGACAGAGCACCCCACCAUGACUUCGCGUUUGGGUUUCUCCUCCCGCCGUCGCUCCCUCGGCUUCCUCGCCGCUGCCGCUGCCUCUGCACCUAAUACCCCUUCCCAAACGCCCGCACCUAACGGUGUCGAACAGUCAGAUCCCCCACCAGAAGGAAUAGCAAACGAUCCUACUGCAGGUAAUACCAUCAAACAAUCAAAGCACUUCCCAGGUCCUCUUCACGACCUCAAGCGCUUCCUCAAUCAUCAUAUUCCCCAUCAGCAUCAUCACUCCGCUUCUCAGUCUAACGCACAUACAGCCGCUACCUCCGCACUUCAGACUCCUGGAGAACCUCACCAGCUCCCCAUUGAUCAGCUUCGUGGGGAAGACUUUGACAACAGCACCCUCUCCGACUCCCCUUCAUCUCCAAUCUCCACCCAGCCUUCGACGCAGCCGUCCUCACCUCCCCGCUCCAAUGGCCCUACCCCGGAUCCCUCUGCACUUCCUAUUCCAGAAGUCAAGGUCACAAAGUCGCCCAAGGAGUUCAAGGAAGCCGAGAAAUCCAAGAUCAGUCUAUUCUCGCGCAAGGACAAGCACAAGGACGACAAGUCCUCGAUUGCUCCCAGCCAGAAGGGCCGCAAAGACCGCGGCCUUGCCAAGACUCCUUCGCCCUCCUUGUCUGCUGGAUCGAGGAGCAAAGGCUCGCGCUCGCCCACCGGCGAAGCCUUUCCCCAUCAUCUUCACCUACCGCCAUCUGCCCGCGCCUCCGGGACGUCGACCCCAGCCCACGGACAGCACCCGAUCCUAUCUCUUUCAGCCGCUACCCAGGCCCAUCUAUCUAAGAAGUACGGCAAGUGGGGUCGUGUUCUUGGUUCGGGCGCAGGUGGUACCGUUCGUUUGAUCAAGGCUAGCAGCAAAAACGGCGGUCAUAUCUUUGCGGUCAAGGAGUUCAGGCCAAAGAGGAACGGUGAGUCGGAGAAGGAGUACCAGAAAAAGGUCACCGCCGAGUUCUGUGUCGGUUCGACACUCAAGCACGCGAACAUCAUCGAGACUGUUGAUAUCGUGUCGGAUCACGGACAUUAUUACGAGGUCAUGGAGUACGCGCCUUACGACCUCUUCAGCGUCGUCAUGUCCGGUAAGAUGUGUCGUCCCGAGAUAUACUGCGUCUUCCGCCAGAUCUGCGACGGCGUCGAGUACCUCCACGAAAUGGGGCUCGCGCAUCGCGAUCUGAAGCUCGAUAACUGCGUCAUGACCACGGACAACGUCGUCAAGCUCAUCGAUUUUGGUACCGCCACCGUAUUCCACUAUCCUGGCAAGGCACAGCUGAAGGCGUCGGGCGUUGUCGGUUCUGAUCCGUAUCUCGCCCCAGAGGUCCUCACUCAGGAGAAUUAUGACCCGCGCAAGACAGACGUAUGGAGCGUGGCCGUUAUCUUCAUGUGCAUGAUACUUCGUCGUUUCCCUUGGAAGAUCCCAGACCCCAAGACCGAUCCUAGCUUCCGUUCGUUCGUCAAUACACAUCCCGAGCUAUCGCAGAAGCCUGCACCGAGGAAACACGUGACUUUACCUCCACCAGCCACUUCGUCCGACUCACAGGUCUCAUUGCGCAAGUCUGCGACGACGCCCAACCCGCUCUCCAAUACCAACGACGAGAAAGAUGAAUCGCGGACGGUGAACUCGACGGCCGACGGCGCCGACAAUGCGUCAGCGACGGACGCCUCGAGUAACUUCGACGCACGGUCUGUGUCGGAAAGCUCGGAGAACAACGACGCGAGCGACUCGGCCUCACGGUUAUCGGGUUCAUCCUCUGAAGCAGAAGCAGAAACCGGACGCUUCAACGGUCUACUCCCUCCCUCUGCGCGCGGUCGUUCCACCGCCACCUUGCCCACCAUCGUUCCGCGUCCCAUCAACACAAGCGAGAGAGAGAUGGACGCUUCGGUACAGAUCUUCGCUCGUCCUGGUACCUCGACAGAAUCCCUGCCUUCGUCUCCGACAAUAGCACCCGUAUACCGGGGCUAUCAGGGCAAUGGGUCCGGUUCGAUGGACUCCAAUGUUCUCGAGGACGUCAAGACGCCGACGAUGAGGCCCGCGCAGCUCUCCCCUCGGAAUCGUACCGCAACUUUCCAUGGACCACUGUCGCCUCCUAUGAUCGCUGGUGAACUGAAGCGAGCGGAUGCUGACCGUGGUUUGACGGCGGUGAAGGAGAAGGAGGAGGACGAUGCGAGUGGCGAGGCUAAGAAGGACGAACAGAAGAAGAAGACGACAUCGUCCGCUGCUGCGUCGUCGACCGCCGUCUCGUCUACCACUGGCACCACUCGGGGUACGCGGCCACGAAACGAUAGUACGGCAUCGGUCGCUACAUUCCACGGUGGCGUCGGCGGCGCAGAGUCCAUCUUCAGGCUCCUCCCCCGCGAGACUCGACCCGCGAUUCGUCGGAUGCUUUUCGUCGAGCCUGAGGCGCGGUGUACGCUCACCGAUCUGCUGAAGGGGCGGGGAAAGUCUUCGGGGCUGUUGUGUGGCUGUCAGCAUAAGCUCGAGAGCACGCAGAGCGGGAUCGAUACGCCACCUGGGGUCUGUCAGGAUCACGAUUGCUCGCCGGAGGAGGAGGACGAUGGGGACGAGUGGAUCAAGAGUAUUCAGGCGUGCUCACAUCCGGGAGUGAAGCCGGACCAUACGCAUAUCAAGGUCAUGGUGGACGAGAAGCCGUCGAAGAAGAAGUUCUUUUAGCAUUGAGGGCGUUGUCCCAGGCUGCGGGGGCGUGGGAUGGGCACAGGGGCUGCGUGAGAGAUCGCCGUUCGGGAGCGUACGUAGUUGGAUGCGACGACCACAGCGGCGGCGAGCGCCUGUAGUAGAUGUGGACGUUCGAACACGGACAGGAAUGUCGAGAAAGAAUGCGGAAGAAGACGAUAUUAUAUGAAGCGCUCGUGCGCCCCUAUGUGCUCUACUCUAUUAUCUUUGUUUUACCUUUUCAUGUCCAUGAUCCAUCUCCGUGAUACGCGAAUUCAUCCCUCAAGCCUUGCGAUUUACAAUUUUCUCCAUUCAUAGGCCGAUUUUCAUCUUCCAUCUUCAACAUCUUUCUCUCCAUUUCUCCAUCCUUUCUGUGAUCCUUCAUGCCCGUACACUUUCUCCUUUCCAUAUUCUAUCUAUCUUUUCUUUCCCCUUUUUAAGCUUCAUUUUUCAUUGUGCAAUGUGCAUCUGCAUGGCUCUUGCUUCAUUUUCUUUUUUCUUUUCUUUUUUUCUGAUGUUCAUGCUCAUUAGAGUUGCGCCACGCGCUUUCAUGUUCAUAUAUUACUAUUUACACCUUCCUUUCCUCUUUACACCUUUCACCUCCUCACCUCCUCCUCACUUUACACGAGACCCUACCCACCCUCCUUCACUCACGCCUUCACGCCAUCUUUCGUCGCCGGCCCUUCUUUAUUUUAUCAUUGUACCAUCUUCGUUCGAGCGGCGAACGGCCUGAUUUAUUCUUUCAUUCAUUCUUUUUCUUUUUCGCCGAGGUGGGCACGUCGACGUUCAUAUCCUCCGACGAGCACGGUCGAUAUCAAUCCACAGUUACAGUACCCCAGCCGGACUGGCCAACGACCGUGUGUCACUGUCUGCUGCCCGCUUCAUUCCCUCUCCUCUCGUUUCCUCCUUUCGUUUUGUGCGCCUCGUACGCCUCUUUCAUUCAUUUCUUCUUUUUCUUUCUUUCUAUUCUUUGUACGACGCACGUCUCUUUUCUUUUUCUUUUUCCUUUUCCUUUAUGAUAUUAGACUUAAGACCUCCCAACCCAACCAACCCAAC